AUGGGACAAAUCUCAGCAUUCUGGGGUAAAGAAUUUGUGCAAUUUCUCAGGAAUUAUCAAAACUCAAUUAAAAAUAAAAACAUGUGUGCCCCAUGCAAAAUGGAAAAAGUGCCCCAGGAUUUUUAUGAGUCUCCAGACUGGGUCAGCCUGAACCACCUGUUGGACUACCUGAGGCUCAACAUGCCUUUGACAAACCUAGCCAUCUACAUCCAGAAACUUGUGUCACAGCUGGAAGAGCAGGAGUCCAAGAACACAAUGCCUGAAGCAGAUGAGGAGAGACUGCAUCUGGGACCAACUUCUGUGGCAGGGCCAUGGGGAGAUCUCACACCCCGAGAGGACACUGAGCUCAUGGACCCAGCAGUUAGGGAACCAACUGUGCCAGAAGCCGGACCAGUGCAGCUUCUGACUUUAGAUCAGCCUCUGCCCACAUCAGCUGAUACACGGUCACCUCUAGAUGUGGCUGCAGAUGUUCCAGCUGCCAGGCAGUGA